CGCAAAUAAAAAAAGUUGUUUCUUCUAUAUUUCUUUAGAUGUAAAAGUAUACAUAGUCAUACAAGUACACAUAGUCAUAAACAUGACGUCAAACGAAGGAAUAUGCGUAGCAUGCUACUGUCACACGAUAGAGGAUGUGAUAAAACAAGCACACGAAGUUUAUUCCAAUUUGCAAAGCAUAUUGCUGCUCCAGAAGAUAAAACCGUGCCUAAUUGAUAAAAUUGUAGACGGUGAGAAGCUUUACUCGUCAGAUCGAGUAAAGAAUUUGGAAGAUUUUCUGAACCAAGGCAAGAAAUAUUUGAAUCUGGCGAAUGGUUUGGACGAGCGUAAUCAGGAAAGCCAAAUGAUAUUUGCGAUUAUGUUAAAAGCUUUAGACAUUUAUUCAAGGUUAAAAAUUCAAUUCUUAUCCAUAUUUGAUGAAAACAUAAACAGCGAUGAACACAGUGAUGAAAUAUUUAGCGACGUGGAUAUCGGUGAGAAUAUUAAUGAUCCUUUUGACGCCGUUCUUUUUGAUGAUAUCCUUAAUUCCAUCAACGAUUAUAUCGUCGACAAGCAAUUGUAUUGCAAAAUUAUGCUAAUAAAAAUAGAGUCGCUAAUUAUGCAAAUUCAAAAUGUAUACAUCACGUUCAUCAGGAAUCGCUCGUCACUCGGUUUAAAAUUGAUGGAUUAUUGUAAAAGAUUAAGACUAUUUUUAUCUAACAACGCGGCAGUCGUAAAAUUGAAUAAACUAGAAAGAAAUCAGAUGCAGAAUAUCUAUUGUAAAUGCAAUCUCUUGAAGCAAUUGUUAGAGCGCAUUACCGAGGUUGGAUCUAGAAACAGGGAUACAAUUCUAGAUAUAACAAAGUAAAUGCAAUAAAGUAAGUGGACGAUCAAAUUGGC